AAUAUCGUUCACAACAGUUCCCUGAAAAAGUUAAAAAUCUGUUAUUUUCUUCUUUCUUUCUAUCCAAUCGCCAUUUGUAUUUUACAGUAGCAGUGGAGAUCUUUCAUCUUUCAAACAAAGGUUAAAAAACUAAUUCACUGAACCUUAACCUUCAACUGUAAUUGCGGUUUCUGAAGAUCACCAACCCUCAACCGCACAGGACACCAUCAUUUAACUAUUACUAAUUUCUUCCCUUCCGAACCUUCUCUUCUCACCUAAAUGUGCUCCUCAUUUAAAGCUCUUACCAAACACUUAAACGUCAGUUACCGCCCUCUUCAUUACUAUCACACCUCUGCCUGUCGUCUAUGUCUCGGCCAUUAUACGCGUCUUGGAUCGCCGUUUUCUUCUCCUUCUCUAUCUCUUUCGGGUUUUGGUUCUCGUUUCUCCUGUUAUCGGUUUUACGCUUCGCCACAUCCUGGUGUAUUUAUGGAGUUGGUCAAAGCAGUUUAUAAGCAGGGUAAUGCGGCUGCAGAGAGCAUAGCUAUCAGAGCGGACCAGAAGAGUUAUAGUUAUGGACAACUUUUCUCCUCCGCUUCGAACAUAUCCAAUCUUUUGUGUAAUGCUGGAUUAAAGACUAUUGAUGGUGUUAGAGGAAAUGGAGAUCUUGGUGGAGCUCGGAUAGGGAUUGUGGCUAAACCUUCAGCUGAGUUUGUUGCCGGGGUGCUGGCAACUUGGUUUAGUGGAGGUGUUGCAGUUCCGCUAGCGCUCAGCUACCCAGAGACUGAGCUCUUGCAUGUGAUGAAUGAUUCAGAAAUAUCUAUGGUAUUGAGCACUGAAGAGCAUUAUGAGCUAAUGCAAAAUAUUGCUGCAAAAAGUGCUGCUCAAUUUUCACUUAUUCCAUCUGUUCCCAGUACUACUUCUCAGACAAGUCAACAUCAUUCACAAAAUGGAGCCAUGGAUACAGAUAGAGGUGAUGAUCCUGCAUUAAUUGUUUAUACAAGUGGCACAACAGGAAAACCUAAAGGCGUCGUCCAUACUCACAGAAGUAUCACUGCACAGGUUCAAACCUUGGCAGAAGCUUGGGAUUAUAGAUCCAGUGAUCAAUUUCUCCAUUGUCUGCCUUUGCAUCAUGUUCAUGGACUUUUCAAUGCUCUAUUUGCCCCUAUAUAUGCAGGUUCCACGGUUGAGUUUAUGCCUAAAUUUAGCGUGAGGGGAAUCUGGCAAAGAUGGCGAGAAUCAUAUCCGAUCAGUGGGAAUAAAGCUGAUGAUGCUAUUACAGUGUUCACAGGAGUCCCGACCAUGUACACUCGAUUGAUACAAGGUUAUGAAGCAAUGGACCCAGAGCUUCAAGCAGCUUCUGCCACUGCUGCAAAACAGUUGCGCCUAAUGAUGUGUGGCUCCUCUGCACUCCCUCUUCCUGUCAUGGAACAAUGGGAGACCAUCACAGGACAUCGCCUUUUGGAAAGAUAUGGCAUGACUGAGUUUGUCAUGGCAAUAUCAAAUCCAUUAAGAGGUGAACGGAAGGCAGGCACUGUAGGCAAACCAUUUCCUGGAGUGCAGGUCAAGAUUGUAGAAGAUCAAAGUGAAAACGACACAACAGGGAUGGGUGAGCUUUGCGUUAAAAGCCCCUCAUUAUUCAAGGAGUACUGGAAACUUCCUAAGGUAACCAGUGAAUCUUUUACUGAUGAUGGCUUCUUCAAGACAGGUGAUGCUGGCAAAGUAGAUGAAGAUGGAUAUUACAUCAUUUUGGGACGUACAAGUGCUGAUAUUAUGAAAGUUGGGGGAUACAAAUUAUCAGCAUUAGAAAUUGAAUCAGUUCUUUUGGAGCACCCAUCAGUUGCAGAAUGCUGUGUUUUGGGUUUGCCAGAUAAAGAUUAUGGGGAUGCUGUGUGCGCGAUUGUUGUUCUAGAGGAAGCAUCAAAGAGAAAAGGAGAGGAAGAAUCAAAGCCUGCUCUAAGCUUGGAAGAACUCUGUUUGUGGGCUAAAGACAAACUUGCUCCAUACAAGUUACCUACUAGAUUGUUCUUGUGGGAUUCAAUGCCUCGAAAUGCUAUGGGAAAGGUGAACAAGAAAGAGUUGAAAAAGGUGCUGGCUGCUAACCAGUAAAUCCAUAGCAUUUGGCUUUCAAACAGAAAUGAAUGAAAUACCAAAAUAUGCGGCUUCACAUACCAUUUUCAGAUCGCCCGCGGUGGUGCAUACCUGUAGAAGCAUUAUUGGAACUAGGCUUCGUUUAAUUCAUGGAUAGGUUAGGAGUAAAAUAAAAUUUUCUUGUUCUAAUAGUUGUUUCAACUCUGAGUUAAAUUUUAAAUGCGGAAUGUUAUUCCAUAGCACAGCUAUUUCAUGUUGCCAAUUUUGACUUUGAAGUUCAAUAAUGUAAUUAUUUUUGUAAAGACUAAAUAUUUUACAAAGUUAUACAAUUCAUCUUCUACACAAAAGGGAAGAAUAUAGAAA